AUGAAUGCACGGAAUUUGUCCAUUUUUACCCUUCAUCUUCUCACAUUUUUUUCCCGAAGUUCAAGGAAUUCAGAAGCAUCCGAUGUUCCAAGGCAGAAUGUCAAACAUCUACUAGGCUUGGUACAUGAUACUUGGUGUUCCAAAUUUAAAGCGAUCGUGUCUUCACGUCAGAAUGAUGGAGACCAAGGAAGAAUAUGGGAAUACAUAAAAUGCACCACAGAGCUUCGAGAGGCCAGGAUUAAAUUCGAAAAGGCUACAGAAAGUUCCUCGUUGCUGGAUAUAAACUUCAAAAAUGGAAUCAUGAAAAUCCCAUCUUUGAGUAUUUCUGAUAGUACUGAGGUCAUCUUUAGAAAUUUGGUUGCAUAUGAGCAACAUAAUGAUAAAAAUGAACCAACUUAUGUGACCGAUUAUAGGAAAUUUUUAGAUUGCCUCGUCAUUUCUCCCAAGGAUGCCGAAAAACUUCGUCACUAUGGAAUCAUUGACAAUUGGCUUGGUAAUGAUGAAGCCAUUUCAAUCAUGUUGAACAAAUUGGGCAAUAAUGUCAUGUUAGAUUCUACUACUUUCUACUACUCAAAAAUUUUUAACAAAGUUAACGAGCAUUGUAAACGUCGUCGACACAUAUGGAUGGCCAAAUUAAAGCAUAAUUAUUUCAACAGCCCAUGGUCUAUCAUUUCACUUUUUGGUGUUACUCAAUUGCUUCUGUUGACUAUGUUACAAAUUAUAUUCUCUGGUUUAAAUGUCUGA